AUGAACGGGGUUGGAUUCAGGAAUCUCAGUGUACUGGUGAACCGAAACUGGAAGUGGGAAGGGAAGUAUCAGAGAGGGAGGAACUCGUUGGAGCCACCCUCCAACGAGUUCCUCCCUCUGCAGAAAGAAAAAGCCAAAGUGCAGGCUGAAAAAGAUGCAGAGCGUGAGCGGCAAGGCAGGGAACUUCAGACACAACAGGAAGAGGAGGAGAGGCAACUCAGGAAAAAGAGAAUUGAGGAGAUCAUGAAGAGAACCAGAAAGGGUGAAGCUGACAUGAAGAUGGAGGAGCAGGUGGAGACAAAGCUAGUCUCACCGCCAGGGGAUGUAAUUACCAAAGCUCGUGUCAUCAAGCACCAAAGCAAAAAGGUUGAGUUUCAGGUAGCAGAGCAAAAAACAGAGCAGAUUCAGACAAAGGAAAGUGUUUUCCUUAAGAAAGAAACAGCAGCAGCACAGGCGGACAGUGAGAAGGGUAAACAAGUUCAAAACAACAGUCAUCUGGUCACACAGACACACGGUGUUUCUGAAAAGAGACCUGAGAAAAAACAAACCAGUAAAGAGAACGGCGGCAGUCAACUCAACAGAGAGGUAAACACCAGUUCAUUCAAGCAGCAGGGAAGAGAGACGGACCUGAAUCUGAACAAGCAGCACAAAACUAAUGUCAAAAUCUCCACACAAACCUACAAAGAGUUGACUGAGUCAACAGGAGACGUCAAAGUAAUGGAAAGACAGGGGAGGGUGAUGAAUGGAGCGGUGAAGGGGGAAGAAAGUGCCUUAACAAUUCCUAAAGGAGGCACACAGCAAAGCAGUGUGUCUGUCUCAGCUGAGGGAAAGGUGAAAAAGGGGCCAGAUGAUGGAGGUGGUAGACCCUCUGUGACAGUGGUACCAGUUGCACGUUUACCCCCACCAGUCAUCAAGCUGGAGCCAUUAGAUGUGAAACAAGCAGGAUCCGGUGAUGAGGUGCAAUCCAUGGAUGUUAGUCCAGCUUCAAAGGAAGAGCUGAUAUCUAUUCCUGAGUACUCACCAGAUAAAGAUAUUCACCAGAGUUUUAUGACCCACAACCAGGCUCUUAAGGACCUGAUGGACCUGACAGGGAGCGUAACGCACGCAAAGCUUCCCUCAGAGACCACGAUGGGCGACUGCAACAAGAACCUGAUACGGGGGGUUGUCAGUCCGUUGUCAGACUCGAAGCUCAUAGGGGUUACACCCCCAUCAUCAAACAAACUAAACGUCUAGAAGCCUGAUUGUCUUUUUUCUCCUCUCCUCCUGCUAGUUGCCUCUAUCCUCCCUGACUUUGUAACCUAUUCUAGUUAUAGGAACCGAGCCAUAAAGACUGACUGAAAAUGCACACUAUAAACUAAUAAUGGAGCUUGUGAAUGAGUUAUUUUGGUAUUGGUCUGAGGGCGGGAAGCUCAGUAAAAAGAAAUCUAUACAUAUGAAAAGGUAGAAAACAACCAAAACCAUUGAGAUAUCAGGUUUCAGAAUAUAACAACGUUUACGUUCCUGCAUCAGCUUGUUAAGAAUUGCGGAAAAAAAAAAGAUCCUUAAACUUUUGUGAAAUAUUAAAGCAGUAUUUCCACCAGCUUUCUUAUUAUUUAAAUUGAAUUCUCUAAGUUGGUGGGAAACGUGCUUCUGUGUGAACUUCUGUUAUUAAUGCAUGAAUUAAUGACUCUGUAAAAAAAAAAAAAUCCACUCAAACUGAAAGAACCAGUUCCCCUCCCUAUAGAAUCUAAUCUUGGGUCUGUUCACCAUUUGAAACUAUUCCCUAUUUGAUGGGAUUUGAUAGGUGCAUGUCACAGAGAAAGAUGAUGGAUUUUAAAACACAUGGUGCAUCACAAUCGGUCACAUUUAUUUCAAGGUGAAAGGGGUUCAUUUACAGGUGGUAGGAUACAAUAAUCAGACCAGACAGCCUUUAAUUUUGUCUAGAAAAGUCUAGAAAAGUAUUGAAACAUUCUAACAGCUGAGCAUCUCAUAUGGCUUUUUCAAAGUUUUCUGUAGCAGCAGCUUACUUCAUCAGACAAGGUUUCUGUAAAUAUAUCAUCCAGAAAUGAAAUGGACUGUUUAUUUAAAAAGAAAUGCGGCAUGGAUUUUGGUUUGAAGAUCAAUGUAUAAAUGUGACCUAUAGCUUCAAACUCACACUUCCUAGCGCUAGAACAGUGGAUUAGAUGAAAAACUGCUUUAGCAAAUCAGAAAAGGAUGUGCAAUUUCACUAAGAAUUUUCCAUGUUUGUAGGUCAAAUGUUAGGAAAACAUGCCUUAACAAGAGUGACUGGUUGUUUUUUUCCUCCUUUUCUUUGAAUGUUUUUUGUAAGAAUAGUAUAUAUGUAACGUAAUAUUGGGCUUUGCAGGCUUUUAGAUCAUUUGAACAGCGUGCACACUGUAGCAAACAUUGUAACCUGACAUUAACCAGCUAAAAACAUAUAAAGCAUAAUCAUUGCAUUUGCAUUUUUUGCACAUUUAAGGAUUGUUUUGUAAAGUAAGCAUUAUAGCUUAUAUCUAGAAUAUGAAUGUAAGAAAAUAUUUUUCAAAAUACGUUUAGCUCUGCUCAUACCGUAACACAACUCUUCACAGUUAAAAUACAUUAUGCAUACAGAGACCUUGUUCCUGCAUGGUAAGCAUGGUGAUCAUUAUGUAAUUUAAUAAGAACAUAAAUAAAG